AUGGCAGGUGUUGCAGAAAAGGCGAGAUUCUACCUCGAACGCUCCGUCCCUCAACUACGAGAGUGGGAGGAGAAGGAAUUGUUCUCCAAGGAGGAAAUCCGCACCAUUGUAAAAAAGCGCAACGACCACGAACACCGAGUCCUGUCGCCAGGAAACACCCCAUCCGACUGGUCAACCUACGCAAAAUGGGAGCAAUCCCUCGAAAAACUGCGAAGCAAACGAUGUCGCCGCCUUAAAAUCCACCACCUCAACUCAGCACAUUCUGGCCAGGGUCGCGUUCUGUCAAUCUACGAGCGGUCCGUCAAUAGACACCCCGGAAGCACCGACCUCUGGAAAGAGUACCUGUCCUACACGGCCAGUGUCAAGGCCGCCAAGCGAUGGCGCAAGACCAUGACAAACGCACUGCGCAUGAUGCCCACCGAUGCUGACCUCUGGAUCAUCGCGGGCAGGCGGUCGGCGAAGAAUGGCGACAUGGCUGCUGCUAGAGGCUUCUUCAUGCGCGGCUGUCGAUUCUGCACUAAGGACUGCAAGCUGUGGCUGGAAUAUGCCAGGAGCGAGAUGGAAUGGCUCGUCAAGGUGGAUCAGCGCAAGAGUGAUAAGAAGACCACGGAUGUCUUGCGACCUGAUCGCGUUGAGGACGAUGAUGAGCUUCGCAUCGUGGAUAGUGAUGAUGAGGAUGAAGAUGAUGACGGCAACAUGUUGCCUGAGCCGUCGAGGGCACAAGCCAAGGUCAUUGAUAAGCAGGCUGCGGAACAACUCAAAUCUAACCCGGCCAUGGAUGGUGCUAUCCCCAUUGCCAUCUACGACAUUUCGCGGAAACAAGCCUUCUUUACGCCUGAGGUGGCAGAAUCCUUCUUCUUCAUGUUCUCUUCGUUCAAGACUCUUUCGGUUCAGCCGAGGAUUUCACAACACGUCCUGGAUUCCCUGGACAGGGAGUUUACAAAUCAUCCCUCUACUUGCUUCUGUUACAUCAGACAGCCCGUCGUUGGCGUACAGGCUAACACUGCGGAUUUUGCGCGUGGAUUGCGUGAUGUGUUGGCACGUUUGGGCGACAAGUUGGAAGUGUCGACGGACAAGGCGGAAUUAAGUCGGAAGACGGCUGUCUGGAUAGAUGGGUAUCUGGCACUCGGUGGGCUGGAUGAUGGCAUUCGCCAGGUUUUGGAGCAUACUAAGGGGAAGUUGGUUCUGUAA